GUUUCGACGGAUACAAAUAACUUUCUUGACCUGGAAAAGAAUUCAGAAACCUUACAAAAACUCGUCGAGACAUUUUUCACUAAACUUGGCGGCCUAGACACCAUUAAUUUAAAUGUAACCCUCAACAUUUGCCAAGAAAAUAAUGAAACGCUAAGCAAAAUCCAAUCUAAAAUUGAGUUUUUGCUUAAGCACAAUUCUAAAACUUGUUUUGAGGGCUCGUCCGGAGGUUCCGAAAGUACUAGUCUUUUGAUUAUUAAAAAUUGUUCGUCUAAUGAAAACCUACAUAACAGUAUUGCAGAGUUGCAAAACCAAACUGAAAACUUGCGCAAUGAACUAAAAAAGUUUCCGAAAUGCUGUCAAAAAAUCGACAGCCUUAGCUUGAAUGUUGGAAAACUAGAAAAACAGAUGAAGGAAAUGAACCAGACUUACAAUGAUCACAUUAACGCUAACGCAAAACAGCUAAAUUCUAUAAAAGAGAACAUGGGUGAAUCCUUAAGAAAGUUAGGCGAUAAUCAUACCGCUGAUAAUGAAAGCCUUUCGAAGCUGGCAAGAAAACUUAAAAAAGAUCUCAAAAAAGGUAGUUUGACCCUAGGCUUUCUAAAAGAACGCCAAGAUGGGUUGUUAAAGGAUAGGAAUACAACUCAAAUUUCAUUAUACUCUCCCGAUGAGAUGAAUGGUCUGAAAAAGGACUUAGAUGAGUUCAGACAAGUCAUUGAUGGAAAGCUAAAGGAUUUGGAAUUAAAGAAGCAAAGCAAAAUAGACGACCGUCAGCGUCUCGAAAGAUUCAACACAGAAACAAAUCAGGAUCUAGAUAAAUUGAAUAAAAUUUCACUUGUCCACAAAGAACUAGAAAUGCGGAUCAAAGAGCAGAUAGAGGGGCUGAUAAAGAAAGCAAAUGAAAUGCUUGAAUGCAAAAAAAAUUGCUCGAAAAUUGACACGAUGAACGAUCUCAUGGACCAAGUUGAAGACAUGGAAAAGAUUCUUAAAAAAAGUAAAACAUAG